AUGUGGGGAAGAAUCUCCUCCAUGGCGCAAGCCGUGCAGGAGAAACUGGAGGAGUCAUUAGGUGAGAAUCCAGAAGACGAUAUCGAAGCUACAGCCGAAAGUUCGCCAGCAAGGAAGGUUCGGAACCAUUCAUUAGAUAAGAUGUUGUUAUUCACCGAUUCUUGGUUUCUCAUGUGUUUCAACGGUUGAAUGUUUGUUUUAAGGACAAAGACGUGAUCGCAGAUCUUAGGAGAUCGUUGAGGGAGUCAGAGAAGAGAAAUGAAGAAAUAAAUCGUGAAUUCCAGAAGUUACUGCGACAAAAAGAGGUAAUGAUCGACAAGUGUUUACAUCUUGCCUUGUUACCUGCUGAGAGCAAGAUAUUGGUUCUCCAGCAAUAUUUAUGUCAAAUAGAUAGCUUAUGGACAAAUAUUGUAACAGUGUUUUCCUUUUUUAGAAAAUCCGUGUUUAAAUAAUUCCGUCAUAUAUAUUUAGUGGUUAUCCUUGAAAUCUGAGCUGAGAAAGUAAGUGUUGCCUUUGAGAUCGACCCUACAAAUGAUUUUACCCUAGCCUCUAUGGCCUCACAGCACCUUACUAACCCGACUCCUCUUAAAGAACCAUCAUGAAUCAAGAACAUCUUGGGUAGUGACUGACCACUUACAGCUCCAACUUGGAGCCAAGAUCUGUGGUGUUGCUUAGCCAUUCCUAUUUCAACAUGGUUGCAGUGUUCUAAAUCUAAAUGCUAUGGGUUUGAUAGUGAACAACUGGAUAAAUCAUUGCUCUGUUCUUCUACUUGUAUACUAGGAGGAACUUGUUCAGUUACGAGAAACUGUUAGAGCAGGGCCAUCACUGGAGUCUGCUGAGCUCUCAUCUGAAGUUCAGGAUGCUGUAAGUGCAAAAGGCUUGUCAUUAACUAGCCUCCCACGCAGGCGUUUUUAGGGGAGCUCGUAUUUCUUCCCUCCCCACAAACGCCUGCUCAACAGAGGACAACAUUCCUUUCCCACCCUUAGCCAAUCACGUUGUACUUUCCAAAUUCUGGAAAGUUGACCUUGACCGCAGGGUAACCCGAUAAUCACGCGAUCUGCAUGAAACUUUAAGAAACCUUCAUGACCUCUAAUAAAUGUUAGUCUCAGAGCGGCAAAAGUAAGAUUUACUCAGUCAGAUUUUAGAAUUCUCUGUGCACUGCAUAACCUUAGCGAACGAAAGAAAAAAAGGAAAAAGGUAACUCUAGGGUCACGUUCUGGGUCACGUUUUUUCACUAUCACGAGCUUAUGAGUCAUGUUUAGCCUGUCAACACUUCAUUUAAAAACCGUUGAUUGGUCACUUACCACGCGAAUGCAACAAUGGGAAAGGAAUGUUGUCCUCUGUUGAGCAGGCGUUUGUGGGGAGGGAAGAAAUACGAGCUCCCCUAAAAACGCCUGCGUGGGAGGCUAGUCAUUAACAUGAUCAACUGUAUCUACUGCAGAAGCCAGUGUUUUCAGCCCAUAGCUAGAUAGCCCCCUUCAGGUUAGCCCUGGACGAAAUUGAGUUUGCCCCAUAGUGAAUGAGCUCCAUUAAGAGUUAGCUCUGUAAAAUGUCCAGAAUGAACACCACAAUUUAUCAACCAUUUUGAUUUUAACAACCAUACUCACCUUGUACCAAAGAUUGCUUCAAUUUCUAAAAGCGAACCCAUGAUACGGUCAUAUGAUACUGGUUAGUGGAAACCCUGUUUUGACAGCUGUCAAUUGAGCACCACAUGGAUGUGCCAUAUCAGGUUGCAGACUUUCACACUAGCUAGAAAGUGUGACAUUUCAAAUUGGUUACCCUGUGAAGUGGACGAGGGUGGAUGGAUGGACAUACAGUCAGAUGAAUAGAUAACCAAAUUUUCGUAGCAAUGGGGUUCCUCUCUUAAAUAAAGAGUGUUUUGUUCUUCAUCCUAAGCCUUGAUCAUGCUGAUGGUAAUUUUUCCUGUUUUUUUUUUUUUAGAGCAACCCAACUCAAAACAUCCAACAGAUUCAAGUACUUCUUGCCAAAAAAGACAGUAUAAUUGAAGGUCUAGAGAAGCGACUUCAUGAAAGUGAAUCCUUGGUAAGGCAACUGGAACAGCAGGGAAGAGAUAAUGAGGAGAAAGUAAUGCAUGAACUAGCGGUCAAGAUCAAAACUGCUGAAGGCUUCCAACUGAAACUUGAAGAAAGCAAACAGCUGCUGGAAGAUAGAAACAAAACAAUAGAGGGAUUAAUGGAUCGGCUUGAUGCCCAAAAAAGGCUUAUUGAAAGCCGUGAUCAAGUGAUUGACCAGCUCAAAGCCAUGAAGAAUCUUGAUAGUGGUGCUGACGAACUUGUUGGUACACUGAGAGAACAACUAGAUGCAAUGAAUGAAAGGGUUGAGAAAGCUGUUGAUGAGGCAGAGAGAGCUAAGAGGGAAGUCAUUUCUGUCAAGAAAAAAUUGGAGGAGAAAGGGGAAAUGAUUGCUGCAGCUGAAAAGGUAUGAGCAAAGAAAUUUUUACAUGGUUCAUUGCAAAUAAGUUAAGCCUCUUGUUGACAUUUUUAGUUACAUCAGCCUAGUUACAGGUACAUGAAGUUAGCCUCUGCAAGUCUACCAUAGACCAUCAGUCAGGGUUGUCACUAAGAUUUCAAGUUGCCAGGUAAAUACAACAAGUAGACAGGAAAUCAAACAGCUACAGUCUGUAGGGGUUUCUUUUGGUUCUAUUUUUCUUCUAUUUUCUGUGGGCCAUGUUCAUAGUAGGCAGGGGAUAUUCCUGGCCUCCACCUCUUAAAGACAGCCCUGAUCAGUAAUAGACUAGUAACCUCCUUUUGACCAACUGGGGCAUGGUUCACAAUGAAUUCUACAUAGUUUCUUAGUGCUGUGCUGAUCAUCAAUAAAAAUAAAAUAUUGAUAAGAAAAACCUUGCAGUAAAAUGUAUUCAAAAAUGUUCAAUCUAUUAUGAUAGAAAAAUAAUGAAAAAAAAAAAACUCAAAUAGAAUAAAAAAUGGUAAAAUUUACUUUGUGACUGUCCUUUUAAAUGGACUCUUAAUGCAGCUAUAAUCCUUUAAUAACCCUUUUCUGAUACUACUUGCUGCUCACCUCAUUUUCAUGUUAAAUCCAGGUGAUAGAUCAAAACUAUGUGAUAUCUCAUACAAAUUGAAUCUUGACUGCCUUACAUUAACCUGUGAUUACUAAUAUCACCUGAACUUACAAUAGAUAAACUGUGGUUAAGUAGUUCAGACCUCCAGGCAAGAACACUGAAAGAGCUUGCCAUUCAGAUCAGCUAUUUUGCUCUUUUGUCAUUUUAGUUAGAACAAGAGAAGGCCUCACUGUUACAACAUAUCCAUGAAAUUGAGGAGCAACACAAAGAAACUGUCUCGAAGCUACAGCGUCAUGUUCAGGAAAAAGAAAAACUUCUUGCUGCUGAGUUUGCUGAAGCUGAGCAAGUGUACAAAACUACUGAACAUGAUCUUAGGGAGAGGUUGGAGGAAAAGACACAGAUCAUCGAGGUGAUUUCAUAUAAAUUUAUGCCGCUGUUCUAGACUGAGAAAAUGUUGCCAUUUGAAAAGUUUAAUCAUAAAUUAAUUAUGACAUCUGGUAAUGGAUGUAAGGGGUUUGGUUUAUUGGCAUUGCAAUUCAAGGUUCUGUCCUGAAAUGGAUUAUGAUUCAUUUUGCUAUAUUUUAUGCUAAUCCCCAUACAUGUAUGUUAAGUACUACAAGUAAGAGAAAAAGAAAAUAUAACGUGAAACAAAGGUAAAAUAAUUAUUGAACAACAGCUCAUUAAUUUAUGGUUUAAAAGACCGUGAACAGGACAGACCAUGAAAAAUAACAAUCUGUUACAGGUCCAUUAAUUAAUUUCAGGUUGAAAUGUUUUAACCUAGGUUGGUUCUUAAUUCCCUUUGUCUCCUAUCCCUUAGUAUUUUGCAACGAGUUGACUUUUCCUUCAGAGAUUAAAUGAACUUGUUGGUUGGAUUUGUUGUGGUGAACCUGUCAGUUCGACAACUGUGAACUCAUUGGUUUGGUGGCAAAUUAAACAUAGUUAAAAAUCACAUCCAGUGCAGCUAUUACAGCGUAACACACAAUUUCAAAACAAAGCAACAUAACAAAUCAAUUAUCCAGUCAAAAUUCCACACACCAGCUUCCUCCUCUAUUGAAUUGUAAUUAAUUUUGCUAUUCUACACAAUAUCUUUUGUCUGACAUGACUUGCAUGUGAUUUGAAGUUGCAGCCAAUAAAAUCGCACAAUUUUUCAUGACAGGCUUGGGAUGCAGGAAGGUUUAAAAAAACAUGCCAAUUUGUGACUACGCUGAAAACGAAAUUUGACCAGAUUUUAGAUGCUGGCUGUCUACGUCAUCCUGCGUAAUAACAUGCUAUGUUUAUGUGUACCGUGAACAUAUCAUUUUUUUAUGCAAAAGCUCACAUCAAGUUUCAUUGGUGUUUUCAAAGUGGAACGUCGUACAUGUGUGCAAUUGAAUGAGUGAUAGAAGCAGAUAUUAAUUUACUUUGGUCAUUGUUUUUGUUUAGUCAAAAGAUGAAGCUAUACAAGUCCUUAAAAGAGCCAUGCAGGAAAAAAACUUGAGCAGUGAGGGGGCCUCGCCACCCUCUCACAGUGAUAAAGUAGUGGCUCUACUUGAAGAAAAAAUAAAGGAACGAGAAGAGACCAUCAGCAGCCAGAAUCAGAAGAUUAAUGCAUUGGAGAAGGAUUCAGUAAACAAACAGAGUGAGAUUGAUUUGUUAAAAAAGUCCAUUGAUGAUAAAACAGUAGAGGUGAAAGGGCUCCAAGAUACUAUCGGAGCAAAAGAGAAGGAACUUACAGAGAUCAAAGAAAAACAUGAGACUGAACUGAGUGAAAAAGAAGUGAGCUUGCAAUCACAAGUCAAGAUUAAUGAUGAUUUGCAGAGAACUGUUGCUACAUUAAAAGAGAGUCUUGCUGGGCUCGAAUCCAAAGAAAAUGUCACAGAGCGGCUACUGCUGCUUGAUGCAGAAAAGGAACAACAGUUCAGGGAUGAAAAGCAAGCUUUUCAGGAUAGUGAAAAAGCUCUUCGUGAUCAGCUGCAAAGUUAUCUUGAUCAGAACAAUAAAAUUGCAGAGGAGCUGGGUGCAGCUAAGGCUGAGAUUGAGGUCAAAGAGAAGGAGGUUCGGGAUUUGAAUGCUAAGCUUGGGAAACUGAAACUUCAAGCUAAAGCUAAGAUGACAAGCCUGCAGAAUGAAAAGGAGAAACUCUCCAAGGAUGUGCAAGAGGUACAUACGUUUCUAAACAGUAAACAAAUAAUCCUUGUAUUGCAUCUCUCUGUGGCAAGACUUGAUUACGUUUAUGGCAAAGGGGCUGCUAUGUAAUUAUUUGAAUGAUUUUGCUAUUUACAGUCUGUCAAAACCCUUUGAAAAUAGUUAUGAAAGAUGUUUAUUGUCUUGGGGGUAGGUCUAAAUGGAAUGGAUGGAUGAAAGACUCUAUUCACCGAGAUUAUAAACCAACUGAACAGAAAAUCUUGAGAGCAUUGCAUCCUAUAGAUACAUGUACUGUCACAAUGGUACAUUUAGGCUUCAGAUCCUGAUCAAACUUGAUAAUUUGUUUUUAGUUUCUGAAUUACUUUCCAUCAGCAUCUGUCAUGUUUCAUCUGCACCCACUUCAGCAUAAUGAAAGGCCUGUUGGAAUUUUUGUCCUGGAACAAUUUAAGCUACUGUAAGUUCAACCCGAUCACUAACUCUUAAGCAAAGAAACAAGAAUCUUAGAAAACAAGAAUCGACUGGUCAAAAUGAAAACCAAAGAACCUACACUACUGUUGUCUGUAAAAAAUUAUUAUCCAUGAUAUUUUACGUAUACCUGUAUGUUAUUACUAUAAUUUGGUGUAGCAAGAAAUAAUACUUUCCAAUUUAGGCUGAAUUGCACCUUCUGCAUGAAAGAGAAGAGAAGUUGGCCAUUCAAAAGAAAGUAGGACAACUUGAAGAAGAAAAAGAAGCAGCUGAGACAAAAAGACUUGAAUUAGAGCAAGCACUGGAGGAGUUUGUAAGAUCAACUGACAAAAAAGGAGCAUUAGCUGCCCUGGAUAAAAAAUCUUCCUUUGAGCAAGGUAAACAAAAUAAUUAUUCUUGUAGUGUUUUGAAGAAAGCAGUUUUGUCAAAAAACCAAAAAUUGGGUACAUGUUUAAGCUUAAUAUAAUAUAUUAAUAUAUUAUUGUGGGAAAACAAAUGAAAUAAGGUUACAUACACAAUGGAUGGCCUGGAUCUCUUGUGAAGAGAUUUGUGUCAGUCUUUUGUGUUAACUAAAAACUAAUUGGAGAAGAAAAUAAUGACUUACCAGUGACAUUUGGCUUUUAAGGUGGCCCUAAUGUGGUUUUGCAGGCUCAAUACUUCCCACAUUUGAGCAUAAACUAUGUUGUCAUUGACAAAGAUUUGGAAAAAUUACCACCUCAGCUGCAUUAGAUAAGGUUGAAAAAUUGUUAUGAUCAGGGUUACAUUGUUAUCAGAGUUGUCAGCAAUAAAGUGAUGCCAUUACAUGUACCUAUUUUACUUGCAGCUGUAUUUCCGGGCACUGGGAACUUUUCCUCCAAAAUCAUUCAAGGGAGCUUUUUCCUCCAAUAGCCACCUCAGUGUUUGUGAAGUUUUUUAAAAGCAAAAAUUAUCUAUGAGAGUUAUCAAGAUAUUUUUGCAAUGGCAUUUUUGUUUUACAAGUACGGUAAAAACUGGAUAAUCCUGGUGUUCUUCAGCCAUUGUCUGUAUCUGUUAUCUGCGCUUUUGAAAUACAAUUUCACCUCAUAGUAGUUUCAGUCUCCUUUCAUAGAAUUUAUACAUGUAAGUGUUGUAUGAAUAGAAGAAUUUGAUGGUAUAAUAAUAGCAAUAAUUUAUUGAAUGAGGCUGAGUAUGAUAUGAAGAAUUCUGCAGAUCGAGGCUGAGCCUUUUUAAAAUAGCCAGGGCUGUCAAUAAGGGCCGGUAGCCGGCCAAAACCGCCGGCUAGUUAGCCAUCCUUAGCUGGCUACUUUCAACUCCUUCUACUAUAACUGCUAACAAAAAAUAAGCACCAUCGAAUGAAAUUGAACGCAUAUUUAUAAAGGAUUUAGCUCUGUGAAACGUGUGAACCGUGCGAUGUCGUGGAACGCCUGGGACAUUUCGACGGCAUCGUUCCCAGUCUUGCGUGUAUUCUGAUGAAAUAACAUUGUGUCCGCAGUGGAAAAUACCUCUUGAAAACCACUGAAAAUGCCAUUUCCCAGUCUCUAAAUUUCAAAAUGUCCCUAGAUGCUUGGCCCUCAAGAGUCUGUGCCUUUGGUGCGAGUUCCAAAGCCGCCUUCUAUUCAUUACCAGCCUGCUACCUAAAAACGUUUUGACAGCCCUGAAUAGCAUCAACGUAGAAUAACUGUAAUAAAAUAUAUUUACAUGUAUGUGUCCUCCACUUCUCCUUUUGAUCAUAAAUAGAUGAUGGUGAGCCAGAAGAAGAGUUAGAAGGCAGCGGCACAGUGUCAACUAUUGUAGGCUCCACAUCAGAGGAGUCAGGUUUUGUUAAUGUUAUGAAAAUACUUGAAGAGGAAAGAUACUGCAUGGAAAGAAGACUUGAUCUCAUAACUAAGGUACUUUAUUUAUUUAAAUGAAUAUAAGAUCUUUCCAUUGUAAAAGCAAGUUACUCAAUUGCAACCUAACCUGAAAAAUAUAUCAGGGGUUCAAUGGGAUUCAAACCUAUGAACGGCUCUGUGUUAGCACUGCUUUAUUAUACAAAAAAAAUGUUUUUUUUUUUCCUUUUUACUUGUUUUGUUUCUAUUUGCUCUGCUCUAAAUGUUUUCUUCUUAAAUUGCACGUACUGUGUUUUUAGCUCUUUAGGAACUUAAAGUGAUCAGUGUCUCCUUUUCCUUGUAAUAAAUUAUCAGUUCUUUAUUUUAUUAAAACAGAUAAGUGAUGAGAAUUAAGAACAUGAUCACACAAGAGGUAUCAACAAUGUCUCCCUGUUUCUCUCUGGGAAACAUAUAGGGGCAACAAUGAGAAAUUAAAUAUUGAUAUUUGGCUGUAUUAUAAGGCUUAAAGGCCUUGCAAAGCUUUAAAUGUCAAACUGGGUGAUAUGACCUCUGCUGUGUAUUUUCCCACUUCUUUUUACAUAUGAGUGAAAUAUGUUAAAAUAACAUUCAACAGCUAAAUGGUUUGUUUUCAAUAGCCAUUUUAAUUCUUAUCAGAAUUUUCCUUUGCUUUUUUUUAAUUCUAGGAACGUGACUCAUUACAGAGCAAGGUGGAAGAAUUAGAAGAAAUGUUGGAGGCAGAAAAGGAGCAACAACAGAAAAAGGCUGAGGAGAUUAGCUCAGAUGAAGAUGCUGAACAUGCUAAGCAUAUGGCAGAAGAGUCAUUAAUGAUGCAUGUGGAAGCUUUGCAGGAGGAAAAUGAAACACUCAGGUAAAGAAUAAUACUCUGUGAUGACUAAUAAUUAUUUUGACUAACUGUGCAUGCAGAAAAAUAACCUACAACAGAGACUCAUUUGGUUAACUUUAACUGCAUUGGUGUAGGAACUUUUUCUUUAUGAAUCCUUCUAUACCGUUGCUAAGUAUCUCUAGCUUGUGUUCUGCACAUUGGUGUUCUAUGGAAGGACUAUCCUGACCCUCUACUAUGCAGGAAUAUAUAAUGUACAUGUAGUUGAAGAAGAAUAGCUUGAGAAGUGUAUAGGUAACCUAGAGCUUCUUAAAGAACCUAGUUGAAGAAGAAUAGCUUGAGAAGUGUAUAGGUAACCUAGAGCAUCUUAAAGAACCUGAUAUCCCAUGGCUUUGAUUGUGACUGACUUUCAAACUGUCAAACAGUAUGGCUGACUGACUGAGUGGCGGGCUGACUGACUGACCAAAUGACAAAAUGUUUGGCUGACUGACUGACUCACAGACUCACUAACAAACUGUUCACCUGACUGACUGACUGACUGGCUCGCCGACUGACCGACUAACUGACUUACUGACUUACUGACAGGCUGACUUACUGUAACUGACUGACUGACUGACUGAAAGACUGACUAAAUAACUGACUGACUGACUUUUAUAUAAAUAUAAGGGGAUAUGUGUGGUCUGUCUCAUCAGCACUCAAGCUCACAGCUAUACAUAUAUUUUCUUAAGUUAACAUACAUUUUAUCUUUUUAUGUGAUUCUUUUUGGUUCUGUGUUUAAAAAAUUCACUUGUUACUUGUCCCUUAUAUAAUAUAUAUUCCUUUUCUUCUCUGUCUUUUACUUUUCUUUUUUGAUAAUAAUAAUCAGAGCAUCCCUAGAGCUGGAGCAAUCAGUAGUGGCAAAUUUGAAAGAACAAAUGAAGCAAGCUCCCUUGAAUGAGAAAGUAAGUUUUACACUGUAUUUUUAUUAGCAUGAGUAAACAACCGACAUUUUGUGACACCAUCACUGGUUUCCCUGUGAAACAACAUCUGAGGAAAGAGCGCAGAAAUUCCAAAUUGAUGACAUGUCCCUAACCAGAUCUGGGUAGUGCUUCUGAUUGGUUAAAGCAAUAGUCGCUUAAUUAUAAUUGUUAUUUUCCUUCUAAGCACAACCAGUCAGAAGCACUACCCAAAUCUGGGUAGUGACGAGCAUGCAAAGAAAGUUGUGUCCGAUAGCCCAGGGCCUGUUGAUUUUGCUAUCGGGCUAGUAAUUUUUUUUCUUAACUUGCCCAGCAGUCAAGUGCUGUUUUUGGGGGGAAUUCAAAUUACAGAAGGAUUGUAAUCAAUCCUGCUAAUCAAAAAGGGUUUUGGGGCUAGUACAUGCUACUACAGCUUGCCCGAAUGGCAGGCUGUAAAACUAAAUUUCUUUCCACCCUGGUAGUGACGUGUCAACGGUAUGGAAUUUCUGUCCCCAUUUAUCAGUUGUUAUUUGACAGGAAAACAAUUGGUGGGGUUGCAAAAUGUUGGCCUUUUUUUCUGUCUGUAUUUGUACUAAAACAAUAUUCCCCUAUUUGGCCUGGUUCCCUGUGUGGGCAGCACAUACGGCUAGUAUUUUAAAUGAGUGCCAUUGUAUUGUACUUUUCAAACCAGAGCCAGAGGUGUUAACUGGAAGUCUUACUGAUGUGAUUAUAAUCUGUGUGCUCUAUGUAAUGAGUCCAGAUGAUUUAAAACAAUCUGAAGAGAUCAGGACUACUGAGAGUUUUUUGUACUUACUAAAAAUCAAAUUUUUCAUCUCUUGAAGGAGAAAAUUUGAGUUAUUGCGUUUUAAAUGCUAACAGAGUUGGCUCUUCCUAUCCAGACGACUGAAAUGAAGUUCUGUUGCUUAGAAGCUUUAAAAAUCUUUAAAACAUAAAAGAGUUGUCCAAUGAAAUCUUUGUUCAGAAAACUAUUGUUAUUUUCUUUUUUCCUAGUAACAUUGCAAGAAUAAUAGAUUAAACUUGCUCGGCAUUUUAAAAAGUUGUGGUAUUUAAAUCGUCGUGAGGCAUAUAUGGAAUAGAAAGAGACCAAAAUAGAAAUUUAAAAAAAUAAUAACAUUAAAAGCUUAAAAACUUUAGUUUCCGACAGCAUUCGAACCAACGACUUAAACUAGGCUCUUAAUAACUGACAUAUUAUAAUAUAAUCAAUCAGACGACCAUGAAAAGUAAAUUCUGAUCACAGAAUCCAACAUUUCAGCUUUUCUCCAAAGAUGAACGCAUAACGUACCUGGAGACGAAAGUCGCCCAGCAACAACAGAAUCUUCAUCUGUUUAAAACAAUGCUACAGCAUAAAGAAGUUUAUGUUUCAGAAGAUGAGGUGAAGGCCAACUCUUCUUUCCGUUUUUUAACCAAACUGUGGUGUAGCCAUUGUGAGAUAAUGAAUAAGGGAAUCCCAUUGACAGAAACGUUUCAGUUGGAUUCUCAAGUAAAGUCGAGGAAACUUUUAAUAACGAGUGAAAGAAAUACCCCUCUUAGAUAAAUACUACCUUCUCCCUAUUUCUCUCCCCCCCCCCCCCCCCCACUUUUUUUCUCUUUCUUUCUUCUCAUGGUUCCUUUGGGCUUCCUCGCCAAUUAGCUUUAUUUAGUUAAAAUUCUGUAAUUUCAUAUAUAGAAAAGGCUCACGCAAGAGAACCCAAGCGAAUACCCUUAGGACCAGAAACAGUCUCCAUUUAAGAAGAGUGUCAGCUUAACGGAGGUUUAAAAUGCAAUUUUGUUUGCUGGUGGGACUACAAGCAAUUGUCCUCUUGCGGAAGGCGUCCGCUUGUAAGAAGUGUGGGUUACCGAGGUUCGACCUGCAUGACACUGUCCCACUGUCCCCUUUAAAACAGGUUGACUUACAUACGGAAAGUUAAGAAUUUGUGUUCAUAGUGGGGGGCUUAAAGGGUUAAAAGUCACUGAUUAUGAUUUGGUCACACCUUUGAGAAUAAAUUUAUGUCUUUUCCCGUGUUGUUCAAUGGCCAUUUUGCGUAUCAAUGAUUGUAUCAACGUAGUUUACCCCUUUGGGGAACAAGGGUGGUGCAGUGGUGAGAACACUCGCCUCCCAGCCCGGGUUCAAAUCCUGGCGUCGUCACCAUAUCAUUUGUGGGUUGAGUUUGUUGUUGGUUCUCUCCCUUGCUCCGAGAGGUUUUUCUCCGGGUACUCCGGUUUUCCCCUCUCCUUAAAAACCAACACUUCCAAAUUUCAAGUCGAUCUGGAACGCACGGACAAGUUUCAACGAGUUCCUAAUUGCUUCGUGGGUAAACAAAUUACAAAUUACAAUUUUAAUUUUUUUUCUUAAGAGAUCUCCCACGUUCAUUGUGCGGCCCCCAGACACUGACAGGCGUCUUUUACAGCUUAUGUAGCUGUAACGUAAAAGCCGUUGUAUAGGUUAUUUGCUCAGAUAUUCCGUUCUUUGAUAAUUUUUCUCUUAUUGAUCGUCAGGGUUUGUAACAAUUAUUCGAUUUCGUUUGCAGAAAGAGUUGCAGUCGGAAAUUGGCUCCUUGAAACAAGUCAUUGCAGAAGAGAAAGAAAACUCUGCAGGUUAGUGUAACGAUUGAUUUGUGGCUGUUCUCUAGAACGAGUUUGAGGUGAAAAUAGUGGCUGAAAGAAAAGGGAAAGCAAGGUGGGAAGAGAACGCAGGUUAUCGAAAUGAAUUCGUGAGGAAUUAAUUUUUAACCUCGCAAUGAUAGUAGAGCUCAUUUUUCAGGCUUUAACAGAACAGUAUCUUAGUUGCGUGUUCUGACGUAACGUUUGCAGUAUAUGUCUAGACCAGCGCACCAAAGCUAUUUUCUUUAAUCUUUGGUCAUAGACAAAAGGCAAAUAGCGCGAGAGAGCUCCGCUAUCAGUCCUCGCAGGCCUGAGUCCGUGCUUGUCAUUUUCAGUAGAAAUAUACAUGUCGCUCUGCAGUUUUGCUUUUGCCAUGACUCACCAGUUUGGAAUGUUUUCCUCAGGUCUACUCAACCAGCUUGAAUUGAGUGAAGAGGAAAGCGCGAAACAUGCACAGAACGUGAAAAAUCUGCAAGAGGAUCUUGAAAAAAAUACGACAGCUGUUGAUUCCUUGAAGCUUCAACUUCAACAAAGCGUAGAAGACCAUAGCAAAGUCCUGGAGGAAAAAGAUAACGAAAUAAGCAAUUUACAGCAAGAGUUGAUGGAUAAUAGCUCUGGUUUUGAGAUGUUAAAUGCCAGCUUCACCGAGACGACCACCCAAGUACAACAACUUCAAGAGCAACUGGCUACCAAAGAAGCUGAUGUGGAGAGGCUGGAGAAAGAAUUAAGUGAGCGAGAGGCAAGCUUAGAGCAGCUCAAGGGAAGUUAUACGGAUGUUUGUUCUACAGUCAAUGAAAUGCAAAGUCUUUUAGCAAACAAGGAAGAAGAAUUAAAGGCGUUACAAGAUAAUAGGGGCUCUCAAGCUAGUGAAAUCGAGUCCUUGCGUUCGAAACAUGGCGAAUUUGUUGAUGAGAUUCAAAAACUCCGGGAGAUUAUCGAGGAGAAGGAUUCUGAAAUUGUUCAGCUUAGAGCAGACUCAGAUGGAAAAGACUUGAGUUUCGAACAUCUAAGCGCAAGUUUGAUUGAGUCUAGCUCUCAAGUAAAAGGGCUUGAAGACGUUGUGCAGGUUAAGGACUCACAACUAAAGGCUAUGCAACAGAAUUUUGACGAACAAGCUCUUAGUUAUAAGGAGUUGACGAAAGUGGUAUCUGAAAGUGCGUCACGGCUUGAUGAUUUGCAAGAGGCACUUGUUGUAAAAGAAGACGAGGUCAAUGCAAUUAGGUCAGAAUUAGUUGAACAGAAAGCCACAAGUAAGGAAAUGAAUACAAGGUACAAUGAGGCAGUUGCGAGGAUCGGUGAACUUGAGGGAAAUUGUGCGUCAAAAGAUGUAGAACUGAAAACGCUUAAAACGGUUUUAGAAGAACAGGGACUACAGUAUGAAAAACUGAACCAAAGCUCUGCGGAAUCGGACAACCAACUGAAGCAGCUACAAGAUUCGCUGAUCGGUAAAGAAAGAGAGAUAGGCACAAUCCAGGUUAGCUUGGAAGAAAAGGAUACACGUAUUGAAAAACUGGUCUCGCAUUGCUCUGAUAAAGACGGUCAGAUUAAAGAACAACAAGAAUUGCUCAGCGUAAGAGACAAGGAAUUGGCGACUCUCAAGAACAGCCUAGAAGAACGUGAGAAAAGCUUUCAACAGCUGAGUUCAAAUCUAGAUGAGGCCAAUAUCCAGGUGAAACAACUUGGAGAAGGCAUAAUGGAGAGAGAUGGAAAAACUGGCUCACUUGAGAGCCAGCUUGCAGCUCUCGGUCUGAAGCACGAAGAACUGAUGUCGAGUUUCACAGAAGCUGGUUCUCAAAUAAAAGAUUUGCAUGAUCUGCUCGCAACUAAGGAGAGAGAGUUGCGCGUACUUAGAAGCAGCAUGGAAGACCAAGGCUCCAGUUUUCAAGAGCUCACAUCUCAGUUAACUGAUCAGAGCUCACAGCUGCAAGACCUCAACAGGUCUUUAAGCGAUAAACAAGGUGAAGUCAAUUCGCUUAAAGCCAGUUUAGAAACGCAGGCGGCAAAGUACAGUAAACUUGAAGCCUCACACAAUUCUGAGGUGUCUAGACUUGAGGAGGUCAUUACAUCGAAAGAAACCGAGAAUGUUUCUCUCCAAUCGGAAAUAAAAGAACAUUUGGCCACCGUGAAUGAACUAAACACAAGCUUUGAUGAGGCAACAUCUAGGUUGCAAAAUCUUCAAGCAGCUCUUAAAGACAAAGAAGAAGAAGUGGUAAUUCUCACCACCGAACUUAAGGAGAAGACUUCCAGCUUUAAGGAGGUCACUGAAAAGCUCGAAGAAACCGGCCAGCAACUUUCUGAAUUCCAGGAUGUGCUCCAUACAAAAGAUAAUGAGAUCGAAAUGUUACAAUCUAAUCUUGAAAGGAAAGUUUCCAGUCUUGAGCAGCUGAAUUUGGCCUAUAACGAAGUAGCGACCCAAGUGAAAGAAUUGCAGGAUUUAAUUGUAGUAAAAGAAGAUGCAGUCAACAAGUUGCAAUCGAUGCUGGAUCAGCAAGUUGCCGACUUGGAGCAGUCGCGUACUAACGUUGCUGAAAACUCUUCCCAAGUAAACGAGCUUCGAGAAACACUUCAGCACAAGGAAGAAGAACUCAACCAGUGGGAAGCUCGUUAUUCUGAACAGAAAUCAAGCGUUGAUCAGCUCGAGUGUCGUUUGGCAGAGACGACUUCUAUAGUAAGUGACUUGCGGCAGACAUUAGGUGAAAGAGAGGCGGAGAUCAGCACACUUAAUGAAAAUCUGAACGACCAAAGUUUCUACUUUGAUUCCCGCUAUAGUGACUGGAAUGAAGAAAUGAAUGCCCUUCGCGACCAGCUCUCCGGGAAAGAGGAGGAGCUACUUGCUUUAGAAACUAGUUUUAAUGAGAAGAGCACGAGCCUUGAAAACCUUGACACGAGUCUGAACGAGACAAAUGCGCAACUCGAGGACGUGAAAAGUCAGCUUGCAGCAAAAGACAGCAAGUUCGCUGUUUUGAAGAAGAAAGCGCAGGCACUGAAAAAGUCCCAUGACACUCUGGCCGCUGAGAACGUAAGUUUCAAAAAGGAGUUGGAUGAGCUGAGGAAAGAGAAGGAAAUUUUCUUGGAAGAAAAAGAAACUAUGGAAACAUGCCUAGCACAGUUGAUCGAAUACAAAAAUCAGCUACAUACCAAGAAUCAGGAAAUACAGCACUUGGAAAAUAAGCUUGGACAGGUGGAAGAGGUCGUACAGUUGGGCAGUGAGGAAAAGGAGGUAUUGGUCUCAAAGGUAAGGGAGCUUCAAGCAGCGCUAGAUUCCUUUCAGCAACAACGUGACGAACUUGCUUCUCAGCUCAGUAAAACUGAAGAUAAAGAGAUGGUAAUGGAGGAGUCUGCUCAUCGCGUCAAGGAAGAGGAGUCUCUGGUUCAAUCUGAAAGUGUGAGCCUAAAUUCUGAUUUGGUCAACUUGAAAGAGCUGUUUAAUUCAAAAGAGAAAGAAGUUGAUGACCUUCGGAACAUAGUGGAACACUUAAAGCGCGUCAAUGAGGAUCUUAACAAGUCUUCUGAGGAACAGAUGGAACAGUUAGAAGUGAAGCUGUUAGCCAAGGAAGAAGAACUAGUUGAGGCAAGUAGAAAAUUGGAAGAGUCUCAAACUGUGCGUGAUGAAGACGUUUUGAACGAAUACAAGUCUAAGUUUGAGCAAGAAAAAGAUGAGUUGUUAGCGAAGCUGGAGACAACUUCAGCUGAAAACGUUUCGUUAAAGAAUGAGCUCUCGGAAGGUGCAGCAAAGUAUAGCGAUUUAUCAUCAGAGUACGAGAAUGUUAAGGUAGAUUUAGAAAGAACCAAAGAUGAUUUGAACUUGAGAGAUACCCAGAUGGAGUCACUUCAAGCGGAGGUUUCUGAACUUACGAAUGUUAUAAAAGAAAGUGUCACUGCAUCUCAGAACGAAGAAGAGUUGAGAAAGGAAAUCCAGGCUAAGGCAACGAAAGUGGUUGAGCUCCAAGAGGAACUAAAACAACAGGAGGAAUUAUUGAGCGAAAGAGAUCAGGAAGCUGUCGAACUUACCAAUUUAUUGUCAGAAAACACAAAAGCACUCUUUGCAGCUAAUAGCAGGCUAGCGGAACUUACUAGACACGAGAGUGAAUUAGAAACGUCCAUUGGGCAAGCGGACGAAACUACUAGUAGUCUGCAGGCUGAACUUAGUGAUAUUAAUUCCAGGCUGCAGCAAGUUUGGCAAGAUAAUACAGCAUUGAAAUCUGAAUUGUCUGAUCUCAAGGAUACGUUGAGUUCUUCUAACCGGGAAUUGGACGCGCUAAGAAUAGAAAGGGAUAGCCUUAAAGAAGAGCUCACGUCAAAGAAGGAGAGCAUUAGUAGCGCUGAGAAAGACAACUCUGAGCUAAAAACAGUCAUUGAGGAAAUGUUAGGUAAGGAGCAGCAGCUUUACAAAGAACUGGAGGAAACAACUGGCGAACUUAACAGGUUAGAUUCUCUUUGUAAAGAGCAACAACAAAAACUUCUAGAACUCAAUGAGGAACUUGACAAAAAUAAUGAAACGUUAUUAGCGGCUGAACAGAUGGCUGAUAAGUUGAAAGAACAAGAAACUUUCUUCAAUGCUGCUAAACAGGAAAGGGAUAAUUUUGAGACUCUUUUGGACGAGACGAACGCCAAACUAAGUCUGGUGUCUGCAGAAAAGGCCUCUUUAGAACUGGAAAUUCUCAACGCAAAGGAUAGGUUAGCUGUAUUAACAUCUGAGCACGAACAGAGUGUUGCAGAGUUAGAAAAAACAAAGCAACAACUACACGACAGUGAAGCAAACGUGCAAACGCUUAAGGACGAGAUAUUAAGUACAAAGCAAACUCAAGCUGAAAAGAUCAUACCUCAGGAAGUGGGAUUGUCAGAAAUAGCCCCUCAGUGGGAGCUUCCUUUGGGCUCUUCUUCUGACGAAACGGCGGUCCUUCCAUCUCAAGGAAGACAAUUGGAUAGUCAGAUAGAGCAGCUUCAGCAAGAAAAGGAAAAUUUAACGGCGGAACUGACAGAGCUUAAAUCAGAGUUAAACGAUGCAGCAGAAACGAGACAUGCUGCAGAAGCAGAGCUUACCAGUACAAAGGAAAGACUGAAUGAAUUGAUGGUGCAACACGAUUGGGUGACAUCUGAAUUGGAGAGCUUAAAGGAAGAGUUUAGCGAUCAGGAGAAAGAGUUAGACAGUGUCAAACAACAACUUGCUGAAGCCAACAGUUCUAAAGGGGAAUCACAAGAAGUUGCUGGUAGUGAAUUGGAAGAGAGAUGGCCUAAAAAAGAAGACGAGCUUGUACAGAUGAGGGACAACUUUGAAGAUGCUGUGAGCAAAAAAGUGGAGGAAGUGGCAUUGGCCAAAGAUCUCGAGAAGGCUCAAGUCACUGAACAGCUUACAAAGCAGUUGGAAGAGACCAAGGCGCAUAAAGAUGGUGUGAUUGCUAAGUUGAAGGACAAAAUAAGAGAGAAGAUUGACUUAAACAAGAAACACACUGCAGAAUUCAGGUUAAAGUUGACAAAUGCCCAGAAAGAGAAAGAUGAAGCCCUUCAGAAGCUGCAGUGUCAACUGGAAGACGCUCAGAAGGAGAAGGAAGAAACACUGCAGAAGCUUCAGACUUACGAAGAAGAAAAGGAAACGGCAGUACAGGAGCUUAGAUGCCAACUGGAAAACGACCAGAAAGAGAAAGAAGAAAGUAUAAGGGAACUUCAGUCUCAACUAGAACUUCAAAUGCAAACAUCUGAACAACUUUCAGCCGCGUUGGAUCAAGUACGGGAAAACGUCAAAACAAAAGAUGAUGAGAUGGAGGCUCUAAGAAGCAAACUUGUUGACUUGGAGAGUGAGGGAGAGCAGAAGGACCUGAAAUGGCAAGAAGCUCUGCUUGAUUUGCAGAAUCUUCAACUGGAGAUUGAAAAGCGUGAGCAGGAGAAAGUAGAGUUGGAUUCCCGCCUGCAGGCUAGCGUAGGGCAAGAAGAGUAUGACAAGUCAAUUACUGACAGGAACAAGCUUAUUGCUAAUCUAAAGAAAAGGCUGAAAGAGGAACGAGCAGCAAAGAAAGAAGAGAUUAGCAAGUUCCAGGGUUCUCUUGCAGAGAAGGAUGCAGAGGCAGAGCAGCUGAAGGUAACAGAAUAUUAAAAUAAAUAAAUAAUUAAAUAAUGAUUUAGAGGUAGCACAUGCACUUGGUGGUUCUUGUCUAACAUUUUUGGUCGUAUUGGAAUUUGCAAGUGUUGGUUUUUGAGGAGAAGGGAAAAUCGGAGUACGCGGAGAAAAACCUCACGGAGCAAAGGAGAGAACCAACAACGUUAUGCGGUCGCGAAUUCUCCCACCACUCACCUUAUCGCCACACUUCCCCCUUCCCAUGCCUUUGCUCCCGUAAGGUAAUUACCCCCUGUGCAGUGCCUUAGGUUGAGGGGACAACGUGGCCAACAAUGGCGGAUUAUAUGAUAUAGCAACAGACGUUUCGGAACUACUCUUCCGUUAGAUCUUAUGCUGGAAUCUUGGAUUGUGUGUGGUUAAUAUCUGACGUUGCAGCCACGCUGCUGGUGUGGACAUUUCAUGGGGCAAACAAGAAUAAUUUUUUCAACAAAAACUGUUCUUUCUUUUAUUUUAGCAUUUUCCACCAGUUGUUAGGACAACUGUUGGAUUUAUCAGCCACACACUGCUCACAAUUCCUUUAUUCACUUGGUGACGCUUACUCGAAACCUGGGAUUUUGGUUCCCUUCAUGAUAGCGAUUUUAUCUUGUCAGUGUAGUUGAUAAAAUCCAAUUGUAAAGUUUUAAAAUCUCGUUGUUCGCAUCAGGUAUUGCAUGCUGAGGAGCUUUCUGAGGUGAACAAAAAGCUUCAAGCUUCAGUGGACGACAACAAAACCUUGGAGGAGAAACAAGAGGCUCUUCAACAUGAUCUUACUGACGCUGAAGACGAGUUGAUCGUUAUGAGGAAAACGGUUGAGAAUCUAGAAAAUGAAAAGAAUGAACUGGAAAGAACGCAAGACCAACUGAAGAAGGAACUUGAAGAACAAGGUAAGCAAUGGUCUCGUAAAUAGUAAAUAUUACCGUCAAUAACCUUAGCCAAGAACUACAUGGCAUCCAAAGUGUAGCCCAAAAUUUAUAUCGGAAUGUAACAACAAAGAUUUGCAAGAGAAAUCUGGAUUUCAUUCUGCCAUAGUUUACUCAGCCUAACCCUUGGAUGUUGUUUACUAGAAGUACAAUUUUUGUUUCUAACUUUUCCGCAAUUGAAAAAGAUGCUGCACAAUAUUAACGGUGCGUUAAACUGCGAAGUCACUUCAUUUUGCCAUUUCCGUUUUCUUUAUGAGGCAGGCUGUACAACAGGUAUUACUUAAUUUAGUAUAACGGGCAUGAGCGGCAUUGAUUGUAGAAUAAAAUACAAACUGUGGGAAAGGUUUGAAAGUGGAAAGAAAACGGCGGCGUCUCCUAAUGGAAAAAAGCCACCGAAAAAUUGUUUAAACGGGGUCAAAUCAUUGUCCAGUUUCUUGAAUUUGCAGUAGAACAGCUUUCUUAGUUGUUGAUUGAAGAACAGUCAGUGUGUAUUUAGGAAUCCUUUGUAGUAAGUCUGGAAGCCAGCGUAUACUCGAUAAAGAAGUUUGUUACAUCCCUCUUAACUUCAAUUAGCAUGUAACCGUUGAAGAAUGGCUAUCAUAUUGUGUAGCUAUAGCAUACCAUAUUUCUGAAUGGCAACUUGGUCAUUGCCCUCAAUUACUCAGUGCUGCCUCUCAUUAGUUUAUCAGGAGGCUGUCAUUUCGCAUUAAAACAAUACCACGUCUUCUCUUCGUUGCCUCUCUUUGCUGCUUUUGCUGCGCCAUUUUGUGCGAAAAAAUACACUUACCCCUGUCGCUGCUGUCCACAUCCUGUCUAUUUUUUACUCAGCGCGACUUGCUUCCUCUGUCAGUUGCCUACUACAUUAUUUUAUUAUGAAUAUGGAUAUCCUAUUGCAUCUCGUGUCAAAGAAAUCGCAGUUAUGAAAGUCCUAAACAUCUUACACAUAUUAAUUACGCUCAGAGCUACUUGUUUGCCUUGUUGUUGUCUGUUUUCACUCUGUGUAUAAUUGUGAUCUGUGCUUAUGCUGCUGGCUAAAGAUUGCACUCAUCUCAGUCUCUAGCAAUUUGACUCUUAACGCCACUUUCUUCUUUGUUUCUCGCACAACUUCGCAAGUGUUUGUCUCAUGGGUAAUCCUACUCGACACUAAAAUGCCCAUAUAUGACAUUGUUUGGCCAAUUUCAUCAAGUAAUCGUAUGCUACAUGUGCUCGUGUUAAGAUGCACGUUGAAGGAACGACCCGACACAGCUAAUCGCAUACGUUAUCACUACCACGUUGUUAUGCUGUCCUUGAUUUGAAUCACUAGUCUCGUUGCACUUAAAAUGUAAUCACGGCUCAUAAGCACUUCUCCUACACGUGAUACCGAACAUCUCAGAGAAUGAGAGCUCAUGUCUUGAAAAGCCUUGAUAAGCACAUUAUAGCAAUGCUGACACUAGUGAGGUAAGUUGGUCUGCGCUUACCUUUUGUCUUGUUCUCAUUUUCAUUCGUUGCAUUGCACUACAGCUUCUUUAUUGAGUUGUUUCAUAUAAAUCAGUUAACGUGUAAAUGGACAUAAAACGCAAUGUAAUUAAUGUGUUAAAGCUAUUUGUAUCCCACUCGACAUUUUAAUUGUCGUAAUAGAUUUUUUUACUUGUUACUAUCCAGUCUAUCAGACGAAAAAACUAAAAAACAAAUCCAGUAGCAAGCGUUUCCGUGCGAGUUCGUCGAGAAAGUUGGGACCAGAGCAAAAAAAGAGGAAUGCUGUCGCUCCAACUUUCACGCAAUAAAUCGAUCGGAAACGCUUGCUACGCUGGCUGCAUAACGUGGGUUGCCACGUUGUCCACGGUCAAGAAAAAGUCAGGGAAAGAUGUGUUUUCGUGAUCUGCAAAAGCAGAGGACGAAAAAGAAAUGAAAUGUUUGAUUUUGUGAAAGAGAGGGAACUUUGCAACUUCAUUAACUUUUUUCAAUAGUGUGCUAGCAGAAAUACAUACUGUUGAUAUUUUUACCACAGUUUCCCCCAUGUAUUUUUUUUUCGUUUUAAUAAAACCACUGCAAAUCAAAAUUUAACUAUGAUUCACGUUCUCUUUGUAAUGUAAAUACUUUUUUAUCUGAUAUCACUGACUGAAAUGUUCAUACUCUAAACAACCCGCUUCCUAUCCACACGUUUGUGUUAAAUAAAGGAAUAAAUACAUUUACUUCGCGUUUUUGAUAAAGUAGCAUAAAUUCCGUAAAUAACGAAUUUAAGAUCUACCCAAGCCUGCUUCAAAUUUACUAAUAUAACGUCCUUUUAUAAUCCGAUCGAGAAUUACGUUGAGCUAGCAAAAAAUCCGAAGUAAAUCCUAAUUCGUAUCUUAAAACUCCAUGGCACAAUAUCCAUUUUAUGUUCUCUUUGCGUUUUCGUUUUAUAUGCUAUCUUGAACGGCUCAGCUUUCUUAUCCUUUCUUCCUUCAUUUUUCCAUUGCAGAAGAUGACUUUACCUCCAGCGUCGACGCACUGAGCUCUCAAAAGGAAAAAGCUGACAAGCUCAUUGAACACUUACAGCAAGAGUUGGAUGCGCGUAAUAACGAAAUGACUGCAAUGAGAGAAAACGAGUUAAGUCAAAAAGAAGAAAAAGAACUACUCCUUAAUGAAGUUCAGCAGCUUAGCGAAGCGGUUGAACUUCUUAAAGAGAAGGGAGUAAAUGCUGAAGGACUGAAAGAAGAGAUGGAUGCUUUGACCGAUGAGAAGGCUAAGCUAGAAGAGCAACUUUCAUCUGCUGAGGAGGAGCUUUCGCAGUUGAAACAAGUAAACGAGCAGCUACAUAUUGAUGUUGAAAACGCAAAGAAUAUGGUAGCCUCAUCUGCCCUGGAAACCGUAACUGGUGGUGAAAGCACUGACGCCUUUAUGGCAGGUUUCUCUGAGGUCGUAAGUGGCACCUCUCUGCUUGAAGACACUCUUUCAGAGGAAGCGUCCCCAAUUGUUGAAGAGUCCAUUUCUUUACAGUUGGAAACACCGUUGAGUUCACCAUCUGUGGAUCCUACUAGCAGUGAAGAGCUUGAAAAUGUAAGGCGUGAAAUGUCAGAAAUCCAAGCUGAACUUUCAAGGGUAAAAACCUUGAAUGAAAGGUUAAAAGCGAAGUUGAGAGCUCAGAUGAAAAAAGAAAAGACCAAAUCUGGAUCUACUGGAGACUACGAUUCCAGUGAAAUGAAAGCAGACAUUGACAAAGCUCGUCAGGACAGACUCAAUGCUGAAAAGGCAAUUCAUGAACUGCGUGAACAAUUAGAUGAAGUGGUUCGCCGCAAAGAUGGCGUCAUUGGCGACCUCAAGACAAAGGUGCAGCAGCUCUUAGACGAAAAGGCAAGAAAUGAUGCUCUUGUUGAAAAGUAUGAAAAGCUAGUGGCUGAGAAAGACGAAGAAAUUAACCGGCUAUCAGAAAAUGCUGUUGCCCAGGUUCAAGAGCUGAAACAAAGCUAUCAGCUCCUUAGUGAAGAAACGAGAAAGAACGCAGAAGAGUAUGAGCAGAUUCUCACUGAUAAAGAAGCCGAGAUUCAAAAGUUGAAAACAGAAUUUGCUAAUGCCGAAAUGGAGGCUGAGCUGCUUAACGGCAAGCUACAAGAAGCACAACAGUCUUUAGAAGAACUCAACAAACUCAAAAGCAACUUUGAUCACAUUGUGUCUGGUCUCCGUGAAGAUCUCCAACAGGCACUCGAAGAAAAGGCGGCCGCUGACCAACUGGCCCACGAAUUCCGAGUUCAGCUCAAAAGAAACGAGUCAUCCUCCAACCAGGAUGUCAAUGUGCGGAACGAUGUCUCCGAUAUAAGCCUACAAGCAGAGAGACCACAGCUGGAUUCUAAACUUCAAGCUUCCCUGGAAGAAGUUGCCUCAUUGAAAGAAACGUUGGUGAGUGUUACGAAAGAGAAAGAAGAACUUGAAAGGAAUCUAGAAACACUUAAAGAAAAAGGAAUAAACGAUUCUGAAGAAACAAAAGUUCGACAGGCUGCAAUAGAUAGCAAGGAUGGAGAAAAUACUACGGAGCAGGAAUUGCUUUCUCUUGCCCAUGAUACACCGGAGUCCUUAAAUGACGUUAUUUGGUUGCAAAGCGAGUUAAAGAAAACGAUCGAACUGAACAAAAAGUUGAAAGCGGCUUUAAAGAAGAAACGAACGCGAUCAGGUUCAAGGGAAGAUGAUGCGUCUAACGAAUUAAAAGUAGAACUCGAGAGGGCUAGAGUUGCAAAAAUUGACAGUGACAGACAAGUGACGGAGCUCCGCUUGGAACUUGAUAAUUUCGUGAAAGACAAAGAAAAAAUUGUUGCUGCACUUAAGUCCAAAAUUGAUAGAUUACUUCAAGAGAAGGAGCAUUUUAGUAGUUUGAUUGAACAACAUGAAAAGCAGCUGUUAGAAAAGGACUCUCUUAUGCGUGACUUGACCGAACAGUUUCACACCUUGGACCUAGAAAAUGAAGCUUUGAAGAAAAAUUUGGAAAAUACGUCGGCAAUGCUUGCAGAACUACAGCUAACUGAACAAGCGAACAUGGAAUUGGAAAGACGACAAGAGAAUGCCCAGUCACUCAUUAAUGAUAACAAUAUAAGAAUAUCCGAACUGGAGAGUGAACUAAGUAAUACGAAAGAAAAGUAUGAGAAAGAAAUUGAGGUCUUGAAAGAAGACCAUGAAGUUUUAUUGUCUGAGAAAGUAAGAGAGGCCGAUGAGGCUAUAGCGCAACUGAGACACAGCAAUACUGAGCUUCAACAGGAUAUCCAGGCCGCAGUUGACGAGAAAGGUGUGAUAGAAAAAGAACUCUUAGAAGCUAAAUCUGAACUUGAGCGAGUUGUUCAAGAGUCUUAUCCACUUAUUGAAGAGAAGGACGGGAAAAUCAAAGAGCUUGCUGCCCUGAUAGAAUCAAAACAAAAGGAAGCAGAUGAAAUAAUCGCACAGCUGCAAGAAAAUGAGGACAAGUUACAAGAAGAGAUCCAGGUAUUGAAAGUUACGACUGAAGAAAAUAAGAACCAGCUUGAACAGUUACAGUCAAAGCAUGAAGAACAAAUGCAAGAAUUUGAGCGUCGUAUGGAUGAGAAUCACCAACAACUGCAGGAGGAAAAAGAAAAACGUCAAAACGAAAGGAAUGACUUGGAGGAAAAACUCCAGGAACUGCUGAUGCGAAGCCAAGAAAAUACCAGUAAUUUAGAACAGGAACUCGCUCAAUCUAAGUCGGAAAUUGAGAGUUUGAAUACUCAACUCCAAGUCGCGGCACGAGAAAAGCAGGACAUCGAGAAACUGCGAAGUGACUUUAAUCAUAUCAUAUCAGGACUUCGCGAAGAUCUUCAGCGGGCGCUCGAUGGCAAAGCAGCAGCAGAUGAAAUUGCACAUGAAUUCCAGGUUCAGCUCGAGAACUUGCGAAAAUCAGGCACUGAAGCUUCUGACAAAACCGAUGGAACAUCAGCGCAUCAGGAAAACAUGAUUUCAGAGAUGCUGGAAGCAGCACAACGAGAGGUGGCGGACGUUAGAGCUGCUUUAGCCGCCACCGUGAAGGAAAGGGACGAUUUGCACGAUAAAGUUAAUGGACUGCAGGUCAUGCUUGAGCAGAGCAAUCAGAAAGAGCUCAUUGCCCGUGGUGACAGUGGUAUUAAGGAUAUUGACAAAGAGAAUGCUGAGAGGCCUUUACAAGAGGUUAUCGUACAGUCUUCCGAGGACAAUCAGCUCACUGCUUCUCCUGUCAAUGAAGGGGAAGUAGAACUUGAAAAUAUGAAGAACGAAAUGCAAAGGAUAAAAGGACUCAAUGAAAAACUAAAGGCAAAGUUGAGAACCGUCAUGAAAAAGAAAAGAGUUAAGUCGGAAUCGGGCGAGGAAGACCUUAAUGAACGCGAAAGAGUACAAAAUCAACUUGAAAAAAUCCGUCAAGAGAAGAUUGAAAGCGAGAAGACCUGCCAGGAACUGCGAGUUGAAUUAGAUGCGUUUGUGCGUCAAAAGGAAAAUAUUGUCAAUGAGUUAAAAGGCAAAGUUGGACAGUUGAACAUAGAAAAAGAAAAAAGCAUCAGCUUGAUUGAAAAAUUGGAAAAACAGAUUGAGGAAAAGAAUGCACGGCUGCAAGACCUGCAAAAUGAUGUUGGAGCGCUGGAAAGUGAUAAUGACCAAGCUUGGAAGAAUGUCGAGGAAUUGAGACAAGAGAAUGCCAACUUGUGUGUCGAGAUAGAUGACCUUGUUUCUCAAAGAAGUGAAAGUCAGAGAGAGUGCAGUCAACUUAAACUUGAACAGGAUAAGGUGGUUCAAGAGUAUGAAUUUCUGGUGGAAAAGAAAGACAAAACCAUUGCGAACUUGGAGAAAGAGCUGGAGGACACAACAGAAAAGUAUAAAACCGAAAUUAGGGCUACAAGAGAUCAACAUGAAGGAUUAAUAUUCCAGAUCCAAAGCAAUGCUGACACUAUAGAGAAAGAGCGAUUAUCGGCGUGCAGAGAGGCUGAACAGUUGAAGAGUCGGUUACGUGAACUGAACGAAGAGAGAGAGGAUAUCGGAAAGCUGAAAGUCAAUUUUGAUCAUAUUGUCUCAAGUCUUCGUGAAGAUCUUCAACAUGCUCUGGAGGGUAAAGCGGCGGCCGAUCAAAUCGCCCAUGAAUUUCAGGUUCAGCUGAAGCGUCUGGAGAAGAUAUCAGGAAAGCUCAAAACGCAGUAUAGCGAUGUGGCCGUCGAUACCUCGGAUAUAGAAAGGAGGGAGGAAAUAACACAGCAAACGUUUGAAGCAGUUCAGAAGGAAGCUGAGGGGCUGCGCGACGCUCUGCAGUCUACUGCCGCAGACAAAGCAAACCUGGAAAACAGGAUAAGAGUUCUAGAAGCCGAGGCUCACGAUAGAGAGUUGUCCGACCGCUCGAUUAAAACAGACGAGGCGGAUGGAGAUCGAAGAGAGGUCGUGUCAGAGGCUCUAUUUAGGUCGCCAGAAAGUGAGCUACUUUUAGCUUCUCCGCCAGAACGGCCUACUUUCUUUGACAGUUCUUCUGAUAAUGAAGACGUUCAGAAACUUAAAGAUGAUUUGUCUAAGGUUCAGGCUGAACUGGAGAAGUUCAAAACAGUCAACGAGCGAUUAAAGGCGAAAUUGAAGGCGAUAAUAAGGAAAUCAAAGGAUACAAAGUCUGAAAUAGGAGGCGAAGGAGGUAUCCAGGAACUAAAGGAUGAACUAAACAAAACGCGCCAAGAAAAAUUUGAAUGUGAAAAAUCGGCGCAGCAGUUGAGAGUUGAUUUGGAUGCGUUUGUCAGAGAAAAGGAGAAACUUGUGAGUGAGCUUAAGGAAAAAAUACAGCAAAUGAUCGCAGAAAUAGAGGAGAGCAAUACCCGAAAUGAAGAGUAUCAAAAUCUUCUCUUGGAAAAAGAUACUGAAAUCGGUAACCUUAGUGGACAAGUAAGGUCUCUAAGUGAAGAAAUUAAUGAGGUCAGUCGUGAACUCGAGAAUAAUGUCACCGAAAAGCAGAAUCUGAAUGCAGUCUUGGAACAAGUUCAACUACAGAGGAUUAAAGUUGAGAAGGAGCUGCAGGAGGCGAAGAUUGCUUUGGAUCAUCUCCUUCAAGGUGAUAAACCUUUACUGGACGAGAAAGACCAACGUAUAGCCGUCUUAGAGGCAGAGUUAUCAAAUCAAAAAGAAUUGUAUGUAGGAGAAGUAAACAGUUUGAAAGAUCGUUAUGGAGCUGUGAUAUCUCAGCAACAAAAUCAUGCGGACAAUCUAGAGCAGGCUCUGACUGCUUCUGGUAAAGAAGUAAUACAGCUGCAAUCACAGCUUCAUGCGUUGGAAAAAGAGCGUGAGGAUAUUAACAAACUAAGAAAGGACUUUGAUCACAUCGUGACUGGGUUGCGUGAAGAUCUACAGAGUGCCCAAGAGCGGACAGCGGCAGCUGAUGAGAUCGCUUACGAGUUUCAAAUGAAGCUCAAAAGAGCAGAAAAGUCGGCAGUGUCAUCAGAAGUAGAAGUCCAAGACAUCUGCAUUGGUACGGAGGAUUCCUAUUACCUUUCAGGCAAGGAAAGUGAGAUUCAGGAAUUGCAUGCUGUUUUGGAUCAUCUCAAAGAGGAAAAAGAAGAAUUGGAAGAGAGGGUUGCGGGUCUUGACGAAGUUGUGCAAGAUAGGGAAGGUACUUUUUGAAAAGAUCUUUUUAUUUCCGUUCACUCGAUAUAUAAACCGUAUCAAUUCUCUCGCAGCAAUGUGCGUUGUCGUGUGUAAGGUCCUUUUAGCAGCCUAUUACAGCUCCAGGUUGCGCUUUUAGAAAAAAUUGAAGAGCCCUUGUGCUCUGAGCGUGUGAAACACAGGACGCCCAGCAGAGGAAUUCUCUGAAAAAAUAUUUCCUAGUCGCCUGAAGAAAAAAGUAGGGCGCCAGAGACCAAUGGGCACUGCUACCUCAGAGAAAUGAAGCGUCUUCGAUAAGUUAAUGCAACGUCGUAAGGUUAAUUCUUUAUUUCUGUUAACAACCCUUCUAUCCUCUAAUUAUUUGUGUCACAAAGUCAUAUAAGGAGCGAGUGCCGGGUUAGCAGUCUUACACCCCUGUGAAUCACUGAAUUGAUUGGCCUCAUGGGUCCUGUCCUCCCCGUCUUUUUAGUCAUUGCAGCCUUUCAAGUCAUCACGAUCGUAGUUGUCCGUGUUCCUUAUAUCGUUUAUCUUCAGUUAUUUCUGGGCGUUGUGGUGUUGUUGUUGUUGUUGUUGUUGUCUUUUUUUUAGCUGUGUCAUUUGAUCAAUAGAAAAUUUGAAUGCUUUCUUGCCCGCCUGCACAGGGAUUUUAAAGUUACUGCGAGACGAGUAUAAUUUUAUUGCUUUCCUUUUAACCCUUGAAGCCCCAAUAGUCACCCACAUCCAAUUUCUCCCAACAAUAACACUGUCUGAUCAAGCAGACAGGUCACGAGAGUGAAUGAAAUGAUCACCAAAGAUGAAAUGUUGUGAUGUUAGAACAAAUUCUCUCAAGCAGUACCAUAAGGAAUGUAUGAAGAACAGUGUGGAGAAAAUGCAUGUUGAUGUUGGGGCUUAAAAGAUUAAAAGCGGGAAGGCGGGGCAGCGACUGUAGCUUAAAAUUUAAUCUCUUGUCACAUUUCUUUUUAACGCGUACAUUCUCACGAUGCAUUUUGAAUUAUCUGCAGGUGACAUCGAGGAAAAGCAACAACAAAUUCAGGAUUUACAGGCUGAAGUUGAAAGGCUGACCACAGAGCAUGCCAAAACUGCGGAACAGUUGAGCCAUGAAGUGAAUCAGGUUUCUAAGUACACUGAAGAAAUGAGGCAGACCCUACAGAAUCAAUUUGACGCCAGCCUGGCCACGAAAACGGACGAAUACGAAAAGCUUAAAGAGCACUUAGCCUCGUUAAGGGAAACGUUUGCAAAAGAGGUUUGUAUAAAACCACGAUGGUUUUUGCUUAUCGUGACACCGGACCCAUAGCUUCCUUCUUUUGUAACAUUUCUGUCUUGUCAUAUUUGGAGCCUAAAGGGAAAGGCUCGUCACGGUUAGGUUGGAGGAAAGGAGCCUUUUUUCUCUAACAAAUAAAACAACUCCCUUUUGAGACCUUAAGAUUCGAGCAAGAGAUUUGACUAAGUUUUUUCCGCGUAUUCUCAAAAAAUAGACACUCUGGAAAGCUUCAUUUUGCCUUAUUUCACCUGAAAAGUUAACAAGUUCAUUUUUGUUGAAGGAGGUUACGCUCUCACCCAUUCGCAAAAUGAUAAAACUUCAAACUUUUGAUAGCUUGUUUCCUCGGCUUGACUAGGACAUUUUCGCCAAAAACCAUAGUAGGAUGCCGACGGUUAUCGCAUUUUCCCGCCCAAAUGACGUUGGUUCACACGCGCACACAAAAGGUCUCUAUUACAACCUGUCGUUGUUUCACGGUAUAUUUGUUGAUCUAUUUAUGUUUAUCAAAGUUACCUUUUGCCAUUUUCUCUCCAGAAAGAACAACUAGAAAGUGAACUUGUUGAAAAGAGUCAGAUUAUAGACACGAUGAGCGAACAGCUCAGUCAGUAUAGAACAGGAAUGCUCAAUAAAUCUGACGAGGAAAAGCUGUUUGAAGAAUUACAAGCGAACUAUGACCUGCUGGAAACGGGUAAUAGCAAACUGCGGCAAGAUUUAUACAUGACUAUGAAAGAAAAAGAACAUUUGCGUUUAAAGUUAAGGAAAGACUAUGAUCAAAUCGUAGCCUCCCUUAAACUUGAACUUGAGCAGAGUCGGGAACAGAAUCUAGAGAAAGAAAGGUUUAUUCAUAACCAGCGAGUGGAAAUUCAAAGUCUUGUAGGGGAUAAAGAUUCUCUGAUUGCAAAACUCAAAGAGAAAUCAGGUGUGACAAACGAAGAUCUGCAAAGAUCUGGUGAUGUUGAACCGAACGUUGAUGAGGUGACCGAGUUGAAGAACGAAAUAAAUUUGCUCCGAAAGGAAUGCCAAGACUGCAGGAUGGAAAAAGACAAGCUGUUUAAUAAGUUUCACGAAACAGCAGAAUCGCUGAGGAGCGAACUGGAAAAAUCUUUUGGCGAGAAAGCAAACCUCUCACAGAAAAGUGAAGAAGCACUAAAUCAAAACAGAGAGUUACAACAAUCGUUGCUCGAGAAGCAAUCUGCGUUGACCAAAGCAAAACUGCAGUUUGAGCAUAUUGGAAAGGGCUGGAGAAAUGAUCUUGAAGCAGCCAGGGCGGAGAAAGAAGAAUUACUCAGGCGGCUGGGAAGCCAGGUAAUCUGUGAACGCGUUAGUAAAAACGUUUCUAUGGAAAAGUCGGUUCUCUUGGAAUUUUACACUUCAGGGGUCAAUUUGAUAAAGCUUCUACAAGUGUAAUCAUUGUUCUAGGGUCUGAGGACAAAAGCUACACUUGUAAAUGUUUUAUUAAAUUGAUUUGGAAGUUCUAAGUAUUAGCAUUAUUCGAAAAAAUUCUUGAUAACCUUGAGUCUGGAAAAAGCAGUUAUUGUUUGGAAAAAGUAUGGCCGGGAAAAAGUCUUGAAUUUUGGAUCGAAAAAUCUGUGCGAGCCCUGUAUGAAGAAGAUAUCAAACAAAUUCAUUUAGGGAGCUUUACCCAUAAUAAUUUUUAUGAUGAUUUUUGCAGGCACAGCAUUAAAAUUUGAAAAAAGGUGACCCAACUUAAACAAGCUUCAAUCCAUGAUCACUCUUGCUAUCCAUUGCAACAAACGACAGGAAACAUUUUCAGUGCUUAAAUAUGGUCUUAAGUAACAAAACUGGACCACUAUUUUUUGAAUUCAGUUGAUGCCUAACAAGGUUUUAGCUUUUUUAAAAAAUAGCAAUUAGCGUGACGCAGCCUCUUUAAGUUAGACGACAACUGCCUUUGUUUGCAGAGUGUGGCGAUUAAUAUGCCUGUUGACGAAGACGAAGCAGCUGAGACUAUAGAACAACUGAAAUUAAGGUUGGUAUCGUUGUUGCUGAUUACUUUUCCGUGGUGAUCCUUAGCUGCGUUGUUUGGUAAAUAAUAUCGUGGAUGACAAAGUAUUUUACUUUACUUUACCUUAUUUGACGAGAAAUUUCAACGUGAAUUUGUAAUUUCACGUGUGAAAUUAUAAAUUUGCUAUGGUAAUGAAUACUCGAAAAAGUACAAUUGAUAACAGUAAGAAGGAUUCUAACAUGCUUUUUGAGGAAAAUUUCAGACUGAAUUUGUAAACUUUAGCUAAGCGUGUGCUUCAAGCUUUCAGUUCAAGUCAAAAAUUCCCGAAUGUGAUGGUCACGUGUCACCCAUGGUAUUAGUAUGUGUCAUCAAAUGGUGACGAGUGAAAUUAGGGAAUAACUUCACUUGCGUUUUGUCCAAUCCUAAUAAAAGGCUCGGGAAAUUAUUAGGAUUUGGACAAAACGCAAGUGAAAUUAUUCCCUAAUUUCACGAGUACACCAUGUGAUUACCUAUUAAUAUCAUGGGUGACGAAUUACGUUAGCAAUCUUGAAUUUUUGACACGUUUAUCCUGGAUCGUAUCGAUCGAGAACUCCACUCAAUUGUUUAGACCUUAAAUUUGGCUUAUAACGUUCAGAAUUUUUCAGACUUUUUCGGCAAAAUUCCUGUUAGAGUCCUUCUGAAUGUUCUCUCGUGUGUUCAGGUUUUCUAAAGCGUCUUUUUGUGCCCUGACAUCUUCAUUCACGGCAUUUUAAAACUUCGUCGCCAUCUUGACACGGAGACGUACGGAAGGUUGCCAUGGCAAUUUUGUAAUUUCACAUGUGAAAUUACAAAUUAACGCUGAAAGUUCGCUCCAAAAUUAAGGAGUAAUUCGUCACCUAUGAUAUUAGAGAGAUAAAGAGUCACGUUUACGCCAAACGACAAAAGGGAGCUUAAGCAACAACGUUUUUGAGCGACGCACGUCAACCGGAAGUGGCCUUUUUUGAUUUUUUGACGGUGGUUUCGCGCAAAUUUUCAGUCAAAUCGCCUCUAUAAAAGUAAAGAAGCUAAGGAAUACAAAUUUUAUAUCAUCAAGGCAUGUUAAGAGGGAAAAUACCUCACUUCCGGUUGACGUGCGUCGCUCAAAAACGUCGCUGCUUAAGCUCCCUAAAUGUGAAUUUGUACCACGUGGCCAAGUUUUCCCCUUAGUUGUCGUUUAUUUUUUUUACGUCUACUCUAAGAUAAGUAGUUUCACUCCAGUUUUAUCCAUAAGAAUGGUUCUGGACAGUUUGUGUCUGUUUAUUUUCUCUGCUGAGAAAUUUUCAACUUGAAUCUGACGUUUGCCAUUUGGCGUAAACGUGACUCUUCUCGCCAUUGUUAGGUAAUCAAAUGGUAUGCUCGGGUUCGGUAAUUAUUAGAAUUUUGUCAAAACGCGCGUGAAAUUAUUUCCUCAUUUCCACGUGUCAUAGGCACGUAUUUACCUUUUAAUAUUCGUUGUCAAUUUAUAGUCUGCUUUCUUCUUCUUUCAGGUUGCGAGAAAUGGAGGAAUUGUAUGAUGCGAAAUGCCGUGAAGGGGAGGUAGGAAACACGUUCAAUUAAUCAAACAGUCAUGAACAAUUAGUCUAUUUUAGCACAAGAGUGAGUGUUACUAUGCAUUCUGCGUUUAGUGAGGGUUGUCAAUCAUAUUCUGGAGAGUGUAGUUUGGAAUUAGCGUGAAAGUAUAGUGUGAUGCACGAUAGACCACAAAUGAAUCGAAUUUUACAUAUUGGCGCCCUUUUUGUUCUAGAACUGUCCAUAAAGACUCAUCGAUCCACCAGAACUUUGGUCUUUAUUAACGUUUUCAGAUGGGCCAAAUGGAUUCAGUUACUGAACUCUUGCAUUUUGCUAUUUCAUUUCCCAUACUACUACAUGAAAAAUUUCUGCAAUUUGAUUGGCUUAGAGCAGUGGUGUUUCAGCUUAAUUUGAAAUACCUACAUGUGAAAAUUACAAACCUUUUGCGGGUAGUAGUAUAAACAAAUAAUAGCAUGAUUUGUACGUGAUAUUUUGCACACAUACCACUCGUGAUAUUUCAAAAUUGUCUCAAAUUUCACUCGCCUAACGGCUCGUGGAAUUACGUAUAACAAUUUCGAAAUAUCACUCGUGGUAUUUAUCACUACAAGUCAUGCUAUUACCUAUACUAAAAGUUUCGUUUAUUUUUUUAUCCUCAAUGUAUUUAAGAGAGAAGAGCCCCUUAGAAAAGAAUAUAAUACGACUCUGUUUAUGAAAUUUCCUUGUGUCUACAAUAACGUAUUUCCUGUUUCAAAGGUCUCUUUGCAAAUCGAAGACGUUGGAAGUCCGUCCAAGGAAUACCCUACAAAAUAUCAUUAUUCAUCAUCACAUGUCAGUAAGUAUCAAACCAGUUUUUCGUUAUAUGACAGGUACUUUGUCUCGAUCCUUCGAUUGGAGCUUGUGAUUCCAGUCAAAACUUGGAUAACACUAUUUACGACUGUGAGAAACAAAAGCACUGUUGUCUUCCAAAAAUGCAACCUGAACUAUAGGCAAAGUUUGAUACGCAGCCCAGUGUAGGAGUUAAAGAAAAAUGAAUCACAUUGUGCACUGAUUACAGAUUUAUCCGCAUUAGUUAACGCUAUUCACUUUUUCAACAACUGGGCCCUGAUUGAUCGAAAAGAUGACUUCAUUAUUUUGGCAAACAUCAUGAAGACGUUCAGAGACGACAACAGUUCUAGUCUCUCUCCAGUGUGAGUUUCUGUUUUCACACUCGUUUCAGUGCUUUGAAUAGGAAUCACAAAUCAUUCGGCUCUCUUGAUCACAAUGAAAAGGGAAUUGAGCAAGGAUUAUUUAAAAAAAGGUGUAGAGUGCACAGACAGUUUUUUUGUCACAAACAACAGAGAAAUAAAUUUCUUUACUUACAAAAAUUAAUUCUCUACAUCCGCACCUAAUUUUUAUGACAAAAUGGUCUUGACCGUAGACAAAGUCUUAUAACUGAAAAACUCACGUAUGAAACAUGUUUUUGUCUGUUUAUGUACAGCUCGCGAGCCUAGUUCCUUUGUCAGACAAUUUGGACGCGUGUUGAAAAGAGGGUAUGUAAUUAGUUUUCAUUAUCACUUAAUUGUCAUAAGAUAUUCUUAUUUGUUUUUUACAUGUCAUAGUGUUUCUUUCAAGCGGCUUGGUAUAGGAAAACACAUCAACGUAGAUACUGAGCUUUUUCUCGUCUUUCAAGGGUUGGCAAGUGUGGAAAACCUCACCCCUAUUGCCCGCUGCUCAAACGUAGUUUCCAAAUUGUUAUGUGCAGGAUGUUAAGCUAGCCUAUGUAAACGGCGGAAAUUUCGCGACGCCCCCGCUGGUUUCCCCGCAAAAUGACGUCUGAGAAACGAGCGCAGAAAUUCCAUACUGAUCUCAGAACUGGGUCCUGCUUCUGAUUGGUCGUGCCGCUUGGGCAAUUUGCUUCAGCCAAUCAGAAGCACUAGCCAGAUCUGAGUAGUGACACGUCAUCAGUAUGGAAUUUCUGCGCUCGUUUCUCAGACCUGUGUCAUUUCGCGGGGAAACCACCCGUCACCUAGUAUGUCACCUUUACCACACGCAUACACGAUCCUUUGGCUCGAGACAGGGCCCCUUACAUUUUGAAACAUCUUGAUCAUUGCCACAUUUCUUGUUCUACCAUUUCUUGUUUCACUACCAUUCUCUGGGGUACUACCAUCUUCCAAGUAAAAGUCAAAGAAUCUCUUUACGCUCUUUGGAGGGUGUCAAUCUCAAUCUGUCUUUGUCAUGGUCGUAUUUCUCUUCUCUUUGUCUAAUUGAAUUUUUCUACAAAAUGCAUUCUUCUUUAGCCACCAAUUACCAGACCUUUACACUAUCAUUGUUAUUUGAAUAUUUAUGUUGUAAUUCAGUUUUACCCAAAAUACAGAUCAGAGUUUUCUUUGUUUGUUUCCCAUUGUUUUCCAUGUAUUAUAAUGACUUUCAAGGGAAAUUUAAAGAGGAACCAACGAUAAAAUUGAACCACACAUUUAUAUCCUAGAUUCUGCCAAUGACAUAAGUUACUAACUAUACUCUCAAUAAGCUAACCAAUUUUUUUUCGUGUUUCUUGUUGUUUCUUCAGGUCAUCUCUAUCUCUAAGUUCACCACGUGGAUUUCGGAAGGCAGCUUUGGCCUUGUAUUUCGUCUCUCUCCAUCUUUUAGCUUUUAUGUACAUUUACCAAGUUUUACUUUGAGGCCUGUUUUAUUUCAUUCAACUGAAGCUAGUAUUCUAAACACGACACAGAGGCGAAACUAUGCUUUUGAGAUGAAGUUUGAUCUCCAUUUAGGGUAACAAGAGGGUGCACAGGUACCCCAAGGGCCCCUCGUUUGCGCCACAAAACUCUUAGAUUACCUACACUUUUGAGAUGAACUUUGAUCUCAGGUGAAAGGGUGCAUAUAGGGUAAGAAGGGGGUGCACAUGUCUCCCAAGUGCCUCUCCUUUCCCUCCCCCCUCUUUUGCGCCAUAAACUCUCACAGCGAGUUGUUUAAUUACCUACGCUUUCCCUUUUCCUCCCCGCCCCAUCUCUUUAGAUCAGCCAAUGGGACUUGUGAAGCACAACGAAACUUUCACAGCGAUUUGUUAAAUACGUAACGAAACAGUAGAUGAAUGACCCUAACAAUCAAAUCCGUUACAUUUAACAUAUGAGGAUGGGUGUUUAAAAUAACAGUCUCUUUAGGUGUCGUGAUCAAACUAAUAUGAAGUAUUUUUGAAAUCCUCACACGGUGGUAAAAUUCUAGGAGAUCCACAAGGAAUAGUAUCCUUCGUUUGAACAGGAAAGACAUUCACAACAUGCUCAAUUAGCUUUCAGCGAAACGCCAAGUACCGACUACUAUCGCGCAUGCGCAAAUUAUGUGACUUCUUAGUGAUGUAGUCUAAUAGCAAGAUAGAUUCUUGUUGACCUGCGUAGCUGGCGAGAUUGUUAUGCCCGGGAUACUUUCUUGGCGGUGGAGCCAAGCGAAACGAGCGGCCAAGCCACGAAGGAAAUUCUUCAGUUUGACUUGCCCCCAAUCUUCUCGCGGCUUUCCCGCCAGAAAUUGAAACUGCAGCUCCCGCCAGCUACUAAAACUAGAAUUAUGUUGUAUCUGUCGAAUCUAGAUUAAAAUGUAGGGAUAAAGGUAAAUCACAGUCUAGAUUAUUUGAACAUAUUUUUCCUAUUUAAUUUUUCCUUUCUUAAUGCGACACUCAGACAAUGAAACCGAGUUACUGAGAUGCAAAAAAAUAACAGUUUUAUUAGUUAGCAGCCAGUAACUUCCCAAUAUUAAAAGUAAGGAAUUUUAUUUUUAAUUGAAUGGUGUAAAUGUUAAAGAGAAC